AUGACCUUAAUUCAACGACUAAAGGAAGUCAUAUAUCAGUAUUUACUGACAUUUAGGGAGCCUGAAAGACAGCUUUCCUCGCGGCAAAAAUGGGUGCUUGGGUUGAUAAAUUUGUCUUCUGUGGUUAUUUUUUGGGUGCUAUCGUCCUUUUUAGUGAAUGAUUUAUUUGAAACAGACAUUUAUAGAAAGCCAUUCUUUAUCACAUAUCUUAACACUGCUUGUUUCAGUUUCUAUCUUAUUCCGUACAUGAAAUAUAAUAAUGUCAGUGCAUCGGAUUUUAUCCGGAGAUUGAAAGCAGACUACGGCAAGGGAUACAUGAAACUUGAUACGGAGGAUAGAGGAGAGUCCAAUAUCGAUUAUGGGUCGAACGAUGACUUGACAAAUUUAGAGACGGAGUAUACUUCGAGAUUAGAAAGUGCAAAAUAUGAUGAUAUUGGGUUAUACGAGAGCGUAAAGUUAUCACUACAAUUCAUAAUGCUUUGGUUUUCGGCGAAUUUGGUGACGAAUUCUUCGUUGUCAUAUACUUCGGUUGCGUCCCAGACAAUUCUUUCGUCGACGUCGUCGUUUUUCACCUUGAUUAUCGGGUUUAUGUAUUCAAUAGAAAAAAUUAACCAGAAUAAGAUUGUUGGCAUCCUUUUGAGUUUCACAGGGGUUUUAAUUAUUACCAAAAUAGAUACAUCUUCGAACAACCCAUCUGAUUCAAAUACGGCCAUUUUAGCGGGAAAUUUACUUGCGUUGCUGGGUGCAUUGAUAUACGGAAUUUACACGAUUUUGCUUAAAUUCAAAAUUACGAUCAAAAAUUCAAUAAGAGAAAGAAACCUAGACACUCACCUAUUUUUUGGUUUUGUUGGAGUAUUCAACACUUUUUUAUUAUGGCCUAUCAUAAUUAUUCUUCAUUUUACAGACAUUGAAAGGUUCGAAUUACCCUCGAAUAAUAGGACGAUAAGCUUGUUAUUGACGAAUGCACUUAUAACAUUUAUUAGUGAUUUUUGUUGGUGUAAAGCAGUAUUGUUGACAAGCCCAUUAACAGUUACUGUCGGUUUAUCAAUGACGAUUCCAUUGGCCAUGGUUGGUGAUUGGAUACUUAAAGGGUUCUCAGUGAACUGGUGGUACUUGUUUGGUGCGUUUAUUGUGACAGUUGGGUUCUUGGUUAUCAAUAAAGACGAAAAGGAUGACUUUGUUACUAAUCGUGAAACUCAUGAAGAAAUUCAGUAA